ACAGGCUGUAAGAACACCAAACAAAGUUACAUGAUUUGGCUCUAUGCUUGAACUUUUCAUUUCUUUGAGCAAUACGAGAGCUUCCUCUCCAAAUCCAGAGUCCAGACUGUGCAUAUCCAACUAUCAGACUGCUCCAGGAAACUACAUAUUGGAAUCUUUCAUACAAGUGUACACCGCCCCGUGCCCCACGGCUCCACGAACUCAGACAUGCAUUUUCUGUGUCAAUAUGACUGCAAAAGAGCGUGAUCAGAUAAAGCUGUACUUUCGUUGACUGUAAUUUAUAACAUUACAUGGGGUUAAACUACUCUCGCAUAUCUCUCUCCAGAACCCAUUUUAGAGAAUCUCUCUUACAAACAGACCUCACCAUGUCUGGAAGUGAAGAAGAUGUUGAUCUUCCCCGUUUCUUCAAGGUCUUCCUCUCAGAAACUGCUUCUGAAUCCAUGGCGAUUCCAAUGUCUUUCAGUGAGCAUCUUCAAGACCCACUGCCACAUACAGCUAAGCUCCAAGGCAUUGGAGGUGGUGUUUGGACUGUGAGCUUCAAGAAGAUACGUGACUGUGCGUAUUUCACUUCAGGGUGGUCCAAGUUUGCAGAGGACCAUGAGCUCAAGGACGGAGAGUUCUUGACCUUCGUCUACGACGGUUCCCACACUUUUGAAGUCAGUGUCUUUGGGCGUUCUGGUUGUAAAGAGAUGAGAGCUGUGGUGGAGACAGUCAACCUCUCUGAUGCUAACUCUGAGGAAGAAGAAGAAGAAGAUUCUUCAGUGGCUGCUGAUUCAAAUGAGGAAGAAGAAGAAGAAGGUGAUGAUGAUCCUUCAUUCGAUGCUGGUGAAGAUGAAAGAGUUAGCCAGAGUCUCUACCCUGUUGACAGUGAUGACACUGUAUCCAAUGCUGAAGUUGUUGCAGGGUUUUCUAAUUUGGAGGUUGAGUCUAAUCCAUGGUUUACUACCACCCUCAAGAAUAGGAUCUAUGAGCUGUUGAUUCCUGCAAAUGUGGUGAAAGAACAUGGGCUUACGUUCUGUGACCGCAUCAAGUACAUUGAUGCAGAAGGGAUCAUGCAUGGGGCUAAAGGGAAAUGGUCUGACGACAGGAUUUGUUUCAAAGGAUGGGACAGGAUUUGUAGAAGGAACAGGCUUAAAGAGUUUGAUAUUGUCCACUGCGAGAUGCUUCAUAUCAGGAAGAAAGUUCAUUCAAUCAAGAUCACAAUCACACGUGGACGUUAAACCACUCAUCAUCAUCAUUCAUCAUCACCACACCCUUCAUCCAUCGCUCAUCAUCAUCACUAUCAUGAGAUCUAUGGCUUUUGUUUGUUUUAGGUUUGUUGUAGUUUUUUUUUAUCAGGUUUUACCUUAUUAGUACUUUCAUUUAUCCCCAAGAAACCGUGUGAACUUAAUAUGAUGUUUCGAGUUUUAUUUUGAAUGCUUAUUAUGUUUGCAUC